AUGACUGAAAACAAAGGAAACGAGUUAGAACUUGGGGAUUUAUCACCAUAUCCACUCCAUGAUGUUGUCGCUCACUUUGUUUCACGAUCAUUUUCUGCAUUAACAAACACUUUGGAAGUAAACAGCGAAGAUACAGUUCAUAAUCUUGAAUUAAUGCGUGUUCUUAACACAAUUUUCGUAAAUGCAACAAAAGUUCUUAUGCUAUUCAGAUGGAAUAAUAUCUAUCCUCAAUCUUCAGAUAUUUGCAACUAUUUGAUGGCGACAAGAGCACAAGCAAAGUUCAUCCAAGAUUACUUGACAAACAUGCUUAGAUUGUAUAACAGUGAAAUGGACCGUCUAAAGACUCCUAUGUACGAUGUAAUGGGUGCAAUCGAUGUUAUCGUUGGGAGAGGCUAUUCAAGACUUCCAUUGAUGAUCUAUCCACCUUUGGCAAUUCCUAAGUAUGAAAAAGAUCCUCAAGGAAUGCUUAAUCUCAUAAAAGAUAAACUUAUCACUUAUCUUACUUCGCAGACACUUCCAAUGCAUUCCCGUGUAACAUUCGAAAAUGGUGUAGCCAAAAUACACGUUCCAAAUCAAUAUAAUUUAUAUCUUUCAUACACAGAUUUCGAUAAAGAGCCAAAAGUCUCUAAAAUCGAUAUCCUUCUUCACGGCUUCAUGAAAUUAGAGGAAGGCGUUAAAUAUGCAGAUAAGAGAGGCGUUUCUUUUAUCGAUCCUUCUGUUGUUCAAGAUAUGAUCAACGCAAUCAACAAAAUCUUAGAAACCACACAAAGCCAUGGCUUCGAUCUUGUUAACAAAACAAUGUACAGCUUCUGCGUUGCAUUUGAAAUGCAGCGUUUGGUUAUUGAAGCAAAAAGAAUCCGAUCUCAAAUCCAAGGCUUCAACAGAGCCCAAAACAGACUUUCUCUCGUCAUAUUCAAGACACAGACAGUGAUUACCAUUACGAAAGAGCUCUCCGCCCUUCCAAUUGAACUUGAUGGCGAAAAGAUCGGAGACGCUUUCGGAAAAUCCAUCGACCAUAUCAUAGAAGAAUGCAAGAUUCGUAUCGCUAAUUCUUUCCUACGUUCUAUAGCCCACGAAAUGCCAAACAGCACGAUUUCUAUCGAUGACCGAAUUCCUGUCUUACAUUACGAAGGAACCGAAAUUUACAUCGAUAAGUGGUCGGGUAAUUACGUGGUCCGAAACUAUCCGGAGCUUUCUGCAGCUCUUAACGAAGGAAAUGUACCUUAUGUCGUUCAGGAACUUGAUAAGAUCAGAAAGAAUGAAGUGUUCCUGAAUCAGUCAUUUACUGAACCAUGGUAA